AUGGUCGGCGUUCCGGGCCGCAGCAGCGGCUGCCAUACCUGCCGCGCCCGGCACAUCAAAUGCGAUGAGCGGAAGCCCACCUGCCGCCGCUGCGAGAAGUCGGGCUACACCUGCCAGGGCUACGAGAAGCCCAUCCACUUCCUGAUCCACACCGCCGCCGGCCAAUCAUCCUCGUCCUCUUCAUCCGCCGCGGCCACGCCGUCGCCCUCCCCGGCCCCGCUCGUUGCCCGCUCGAAAGCGCUGGCUAAAUCCCAGCUGCAGCCCCAGCCCCAGCACCAGCAGAAGCGCCGUGAUGUCUUGGACCAGCGCGUCGCCGCAAGGCGGAAGCCGCAGUUCGCCUUCUACUUUCCCGCCGUCCCGCAGGAGCUAGGCUUGGGUGGAUUCGUCGACGACAUGGCCUUCUCCUUCACCUUCUCCAACCUUGUUUACAGCAGCUUCGGCCGACCCUGGCUGCAGCUGGCCGCUAAAGGCGCCAUCGAUGACAUGUCGCAAGCCGCAUGUAAGGCUCUAGCCCUAGGCUUCUUUGGUAAUUCGCAGCGGCAGAAGAAGAUCCAAGACAGAGGGGCCAGCGAGUACGGUGUUUCACUGCGCCUCCUGAUCGAGGAGCUGUCCAAAGUCGAUCAAGAGAAUGCAGGCAAAUACAUUAUUCCGGUCAUGGUUAUGUUGAUGUACAAUUUUUCCGUGGCCAAAAAUUCCGAUAUGAGUCAUCACGACGGCCUCAAGCAGUUGGUCCUGCUUUGUGGCCCCGAAAAGUUCCAGCACCAGCCGUGGCUAAGUGCAUUCGAGGCUACAAGAGAUUUAUUGGUAGCUCAUCCGCACUCGAACGCCCCGAGACUCUGCUAA